AUGGCACCAAAACAGCUUCCCACCCGUCCUCUAGGAAAGAAUGGUCCUCAAGUCUCCGCAAUCGGUUUAGGCCUCAUGGGUCUCUCCAUUGCCUAUGGAGAGGUCGAGAACGACGAGGAGCGCCUCAAAUUCCUUGACUAUGCCCACGAGCAGGGCGAGACCUUCUGGGACUCCUCAGACAUCUACGGCGACAACGAAGCCCUCAUCGGUAAAUGGUUCGCAACUCGCCCCGGAAAGCGCGACGACAUCUUUCUCGCCACAAAAUUCGGUAUCAAAGUGGACCCAGCAACAUACUCCAUGUCCGCCGAUGGAACACCCGAAUACGUCCAUUCGGCCUUCAACGCCUCACUGUCUAAGCUUGGUGUAUCCUCAAUAGACCUCUACUAUGUCCACCGCAUCGACGCCUCAACCCCCAUCGAGCACACCGUCGGCGCAAUGGCAGAGCUCGUCGCAGCCGGAAAAGUAAAAUACCUCGGCCUGUCCGAGUGCUCCGCAGACACACUCCGCCGCGCAUACGCUGUGCACCCCAUCGCAUGCGUGCAGGUCGAGUACAGCCCCUUCGCGCUCGAUAUUGAGAAGCCGCACGUGGACCUCCUACGGGCGUGCCGUGAGCUCGGCGUAUCGGUUGUGUGCUAUAGCCCGCUGGGGAGAGGUAUCAUGACGGGGCAGAUCAAGAGUAGGGACCAGUUUGAGCCGACAGACUGCAGGCUGUUCUACCCAAGGUUCAGCGAGGAGAACUUUCCAAAGAACCUGGAGCUGGUGGAAAAGGUGAAUGAGAUUGCGGUGAAGAAGGGGAUCACGCCGGGGCAGGCCACUUUGGCGUGGAUCUUGGCGCAGGGGAUCGAUUUUAUUCCGUUGCCAGGAACCAAGAAGGCGAAAUAUCUCCAGGAGAAUAUCGAUGCUAUUAAUGUACAGUUGACACCCGAGGAAGUCGCAAAGAUCAGGGAGUACUGCGAGAACUGUGAGCCCGCCGGCGAAAGAGCAGCUGCAAUGAUGAACAACAUGGACUACGGCGACUCAGCCCCGUUGAAGUAG